UGAGAGUUUGUGAUCUUUAGCCAUCAUAUACUAUAAAAGACUCAUGUGUUUUGGUUGGAAACAUUCUUGUUACUACACAGAAUCGGAUCGCAGUCAAAAUGAACGCCUUGAUUGUGUUAGCCUCUGUUCUGGUCUCUUGUAAUGCGGAUGGUAGUUACGAUUCAAAAGGAGCUCAUCAUUCCGACGAUGGGGGACAUGGUGGGGUAUAUGAAGGAUUAAGAGGAGCAGUACAAGGAGGAGGAGCACGAGGAGGACUAGGGGGAGUAGGAGGUGGACAGGUACUGGAAGGAGGACUAGGAGAAUAUGGUGUUUUCGGAGUAGGACCAUUAGGAAGUGCAGGAGGAGGAUUUGGAGGAGUAGGAGGGAUAUUCGGCACAUUACCUCUAGGACCAUUAGCUCAAAAAUACGGGACUUGUCCUAGUAUUUACGAAACAGAUGAUCAACAACUUGGUCCUUAUUGCGCUCACGACAAAUAUUGUCACGGAUCACAGAAAUGCUGUUAUAAUCAACAAAAGGGCUCUAGGGUAUGUCAAAUCCCUAUUCAAUAUCAAAAACCGGGUAAAUGCAAUGGUGUACUGAUAAUGCCUCCUUCCUACCAAGUACGAAAAGCAUGCAAUGAUGACACCCUUUGUCCUGGAAGCGGGAAAUGCUGUAAACGAUUUUCAUCUGGUCAACUCGACACUUGUACUUCCUGCAAAUCUUUUCCUCCCGUCUUCUUUGGUGCAGGUUCAGGUUAAAAGUACUUUGAAAAUGCUACACAGAUCGAUCUAUGCUUGAAGUCUUCAUCUAAAAUUAAAUAAAAUAAAAGCUUACUACAAUUACAACAUA